AUGACGGUUAAAAUGGUCUUUUGCAGCUUCUCCCAGGCACUUCAGAACAUCAUGCAGCAAAUAUUCAUCAAACAGAACCUGUUAUGGCUUUUGCCAUUGAAAAACCGCUUGAACGAGCUGUUGCUAGAUUUGGAAAAGGUUUCUGGUGAUUCCAGUAUGGUUUUACAGGCUCAAGAGGAGAUAAUUGAAAUGAAAGAUGUAUUUUCAGUAAAACUGAAACGUCGUCGUUUUGUAGGGCAGAAAAAAGGUGGUACUUUGUUGGGUAUCACAAUUUUUAAAUGCUUGAAUAAAGAAGAGAAUAAACUAACAGACUGUGCUAUUCAUUUAAAUAACUUAAGUGAAGAUCAUUGUCAAUCAUGGUUUAGACAUCUAAAGGAAAUUUUGAAUGGCUUUCAAAAUAGACCAAAAUCCUUAAAAGUCUUUGUUAAUCCAAGCAGCCACAAAAGAGAAGCCACUCAUGUUUAUUAUGAACAAGUUGCACCUCUUUUUAAGCUUGCUGACAUCAAAACUGAUGUCACAGUAACUGAAUAUGAAGGACAUGCUCUCUCAGUUCUUAAAGAAUGUGAACUCCAGGCAUUUGAUGGGGUAGUUUGUGUUGGUGGAGACGGAUCCGUCAGCGAAGUUGCUCAUGGUCUACUACUUAAAGCCCAGAUAGAUGCUGGAAAAGACACAGACUAUAUACCAACACCUGUCAGAGCACCAGUGCCUCUUGGAGUCAUACCAGCAGGUACUACUAAUAUUUUGGCCCACACUCUCUAUGGUAUUAAGCAUGCAGUGACUGCAACGUUGCACAUCAUAAUGGGACAUAUUCAACCAGUAGAUGUCUGUACUUUCAGUACUCCAAGCAAGCUCUUGCGGUUUGGGUUCUCAGCGAUGUUUGGUUUUGGUGCAAGGACUCUAGCUUUGGCUGAAAAACACCGUUGGAUGCCCUCCAGUCAGCGGAAGGAUUUUGCUUUUAUCAAAACACUGGCAGAUCUCAAGCCAGAGGAAUGUGAGUUAUCAUUUCUACCUCUACAAAUUCCACAGGAAGACUCUCAUGAGAAUGACAGAAAGAAGAAAGACAAAACUAAAAAAAAAGGUAGCAAGGAUCAAUGGCACAAAAUUCAGGGUCACUUCCUGAAUGUGAGCAUUAUGGCAAUCCCUUGUCUGUGUUCAAUGGCACCAAGAGGCUUGGCACCUAAUACGAGGUUGAAUAAUGGAAGCAUGGCUCUUAUUGUUGUACAAAAUACUUCUCGAACAGAGUUUGUAAAACAUCUGAAAAGAUAUGCCAGCGUAAAAAAUCAGUUCAAUUUUCCCUUUGUUGAGACCUACACGGUUCAAGAAGUAAAAGUACAACCCAGGCUUAAAAGUGGGCUUGAUGCCAAAGAAAAUACAUAUUUGAAUGCUGCUUCUGCAGAAGGAAAUUACCCUUGGAAUAUAGAUGGAGACUUAAUGAAAGAAGCAUCAGAAGUUCACGUUCGGGUGCAUCCUCAACUUAUUAAUCUCUAUGGAGUGAACACUGAUGACCUGGAGAGUUCCCAAGCAACGUGCAACUGCAUCUAGAAGGGACACACUGCAAGUUCAGUAUUAAAGAAUCCUUUCUCGCCUCUAUGCACAGCUUUCCAAGGUCCCAGGCUUUCUCUCGCUGAAUUCAGUUGUUGUAGCAGAAGCUUAACAGGGCUGUUUGUAAUA